AUGCACCAGGAUAAUCGACGUCUGUUGCUGUCUGUACUGCUUGCAUAUCUCCUUCACUUAUCCAAUGGAUGUGGCCGGACUCCCGCGCGAACGAAGCCGGCAUCACCCACUGCCAGCCCGCAGGAGCCCACCACGCCACUGCCACAGGCGCCCACGACCCUGCCCGUUACCGGCGGCAGACAGGAGUGUACCCACGAGGAGUCUAGAGAUGUGGCCUGUCUCCAUGGCGGCGAGUGUUUCGUUAUGGACCUGCUGGACACCAGGAAUGCAUUCUGUCAGUGUCAGGAAAUGUGGCGAGGGAACCGCUGUGAAGAGAUUGACGAGAACAUUUAUGUUAUCACAGCCGACAAGGUGGAGAAGGCCAGCAUCGCUGCGGGAGUCGUUGUUCUUGUCAUCGUCAUCACCGUCAUUAUCGUCUACCUGGUAGUCAGAAAGAGGAAACAGCGGAAAAACAGAACUCAGUCUAAUGGAAAUGCAAACGGACACGCGGGCAAAGCUUUAAUGGAGCCCGAAAAGGAGCCCAUGGACAGCGAAGACACAGAGAAAUGUACAGAUGUAUGA